GUCCGCGCCUCAAGCGAGCGAACGAGCGGCGGCAAACAACAUCGGCGUCGUUACUUAAUGGCUCGUCGCCGUUUCCCGUGCCCGCACGCGAGACCGAGACCUAACCUCCUCCACCUUCGCGCGAAUGCGAACGCGAGCGCGAGAGAAUCGAUCGACCUGGUGCUGCCGGCCAUCCCGGGACGACCGGCACGUAACUCGUCGGCGGGACUCGCGUAAGACCGGGUUGCGCGGGCCUGACCGCCCUCCCCCUUCCCCUCCUCCUCCUCCUCCUCCUCCUCCUCUCUCCUCUUCCUCUUUCUCCUCUCCCCCUCCGUUCCCGCGGUGCGUCGAGCCGACGACCGAGGGCGAGGACGACGUCGCGGAGGAUCGUUUAUGAAUUGACGACGACGACGGGGGAUCCGUCGAUCGCGCUCUCAACCUAAGCUUCCUCGAUGGAGGGCACCGGCGGCAACGACAAGCAGAACGAGUCGGACGAGUGCGACGUGAACGGGGACAAUAAGAAGCGGGACGACGGAGACGACUCGACCGGGCAGGAGGACGUCGACCGGAAGAUGAAGGCGGAGGACAAGCGCGAAUCCCUGGAGAACAUGAAUCUGAAGAACGAGAUGAAAACGCUGAAGAAGUCGCUGUCGGGCGACGACGAGGAGGCCGACGAGGAGGACGAGGGCAGCAACAAGGAGUCCGCCGACGAGGAGGAGCGCAAGGAAGAAGCGCGGACCGAAGGCGGCGAGAAGAAGGAGCAGCAGGAGUCGUCUAGCGACAGCACGUCCACCAGCAGCACCGACGACGAGUCUGAGACCAGUUCGGAGGACAAGACGGAGCCGUCCAAGCCGGAAACGGUCCAGACGACGCAAACGGAAGCGACCUCGAGGGAGGAGUCCAAGGAUAAUAGCACGUCCAAGAACGAGGACACCACGGACGACAGCGACAUCGAGGAUGAUCUGGUCUCGGCGAUCAACUACAACACCAUUACCUCCCUGGCCGCGCUCAAGGAUAUGUUACAGUCCUCCGGGGAGGACUCCGACGGCGUGGACAGUUUCUUCCACCAUUAUUUUCUGUCGCACGUAAACAGGCUACCGUCGAGGAACCAGACGCACAGCCCAUAUCCCUGGGGCAGGAGAUUGUCGGAGUGCCGGGAGGAGGACGAGUACGAGACUGAGGAAGGGAAGAACGCCGAUAGCCCGAUCGUCGUCGAUAGCAAAAAGGAAGCGCCAAAGGCGCAGAUGGAGAGGACCGACAGCAUCUCCUCCAAGACGUCGAAGGCGUCGAGCCCGUCGUCCUCGGAGAAUUCCAGUUCGGAGAAGAUCGACGAGAAGUCUCUAGCGACGUCCAGCGUGUCGGACGCGAAACCACCGUCGCCGUCGUUAACGGCGAUAACGACGGCGACGGCGAUGACAACGACGACUACGACGACGGCGACGACAACGACAACGACAACGACGAUGACGAUGACGACGACGACGACGACGACGCCAACAACGAUGGGCGCGACCACGGUAGUGACGACGACGACGACGGCGACGACGACGACGGUCGCGAUGGUUUCCGGUAGAUUCACAACGUCCACCGUGACGUCGCCGACGUCGACGACGAAGCCUCCGUUACGAAGGAGGCACACUACCGGCCCGGGUAUGACCUUCCCAGCUACGGAUCCCCCUUCGUAUUCCUCGAGCAUGACCUUCUCGAGGACCAGCCCGUUGCCCAGCCCGCACUUCGACAAGCGGUUCUUCGACAGCAGCUUGAUCGAGAUGAAGAGCCAAGCGAGCAGCACCAGCACCCUCGACUAUGACUCCAUGGAGGAGGUGUGGGUGCGCAGAUUGGACUUCGUACAGGAGAGGAAACGACGGGAGCUCGGUUCGCAACCACUACCUACGAUCGUGACUGAGGACACAGAUAAUUCCGGACAUGUUUCCCAAGGUCACAGGCCACGAGCAGAUACGUGGGGGUCGCACUCGAAGACGAUCAAAAAGUCGUCCUAUGGGAGCGCACCUAGCUCUGGAAAAUCGACGCCCCUUCCGCAGCCGGCCGAGCCGUCGAGUUCAUCGAGUUCCGGCAAGGGCGGCCGAAAGGCUUCCGGCACCCGGUCCGGUUCCACCAGUCGUAGUAACAGCCGCAGCAACAGCGCGGAACGUCGAAGAAGCGGCGGCGGCGCGGAUGACACUGCGAGCCCUACGAGAAAGCCGGCGCUCUUCGAUGCUUUCAGACCGAGGAGCAAGUCGGACGCCAGCAAGAGGAAGCCCAGUAUUAUAGCUAAUAUGAAAAGUGCCGUUCAGCAUUCCUUGCAUAGAGGAUCGCACGGAAGCUCGUCGGUGGAUGUACAUACGGAGAAGGACCAUCACAGAGAGAGCCAGAAGGAACAAAAGGAGAACAAGGAGCAGGGUAGCGGACGGCCUAGAGCUGGAUCCGAGAGCAGCAGGAAUCCUGUAAGCAAAGUCAUGGAUCUCAUUAGGCACAGGAGCCACAGUGCCUUGAGCGCGGACGACAAGCGAAAAGCGAGAGCGGCGGUGCAGCACCAGGCACAAGUAGCAUCGCAGAGCGCACACAGAAGAAGUUCAUUGGAUCCUACGGCGCGGAGAUUAUCCCUCGGGGCACCCGCAAUACCUCACAGAGCAUCCGAUGCUUGCUUGGAUCCAAUUCACGCUGCCAUACUCUUCAGGGACGCGCGGGGGCUGCCGGUGGUGGAUCCCUUCCUGGAGAAAGUCUCACUGUCCGAUCUUGAGGAGGACGAGUCGCAGAUCUUCGUCAAAUUCUUCAAGUUUCACAAAUGCUACGACCUAAUACCGACCAGCGCCAAGCUAGUCGUCUUCGACACUCAUCUACUCGUUAAAAAGGCCUUCUUCGCUCUCGUCUAUAAUGGGGUGAGGGCCGCACCGUUGUGGGACAGUUCCCGGCAACAGUUUGUCGGCAUGCUGACAAUAACGGAUUUCAUAAAGAUACUUCAGAUGUAUUACACCAGUCCGUCGGUGACAAUGGACGAGUUAGAAGAGCACGAGCUAGACACGUGGAGAAAAGUCCUGAAGGAUCAAGUCCACCCUCUUGUAAGCAUCGGGCCGGACGCGUCGUUGUACGAGGCUAUCAGAACCUUAAUACAAAACAGAAUCCACCGAUUGCCUGUGAUAGAUCCCGAUACCGGAAACGUCCUUUAUAUCUUGACGCAUAAGCGGAUACUUAGGUUUCUUUUCUUAUAUAUCCACGAGUUACCGAAACCAUCUUUUACCAACAAAACAUUGAGAGAAUUGAGGAUAGGCACCUUCGAGAAUAUAGAAACGGCUACGGAGGAAACUAGCAUAAUUUUAGCUCUGAAAAAAUUCGUCGAAAGGAGAGUUUCCGCAUUGCCAAUUGUCGACACCGAGGGAAAAUUGGUGAACAUCUAUUCAAAGUUUGAUGUCAUUAACCUAGCGGCAGAAAAGACGUACAAUAAUCUAGAUGUUUCGCUACGUGAAGCGAACGAGCAUCGCAAUGAAUGGUUCGAAGGCGUUCAGAGUUGCAAAUUAGAUGAGACAUUGUUCACUGUAAUGGAAAGGAUUGUUAGAGCUGAGGUUCAUAGGCUAGUGGUGAUCGACGAUGAUGAUAAGGUGAUCGGUAUAAUAUCCCUUUCCGACCUGCUCUUCUACCUCGUUCUUAGGCCUUGUGGUGAGGAUGGCAGUAGCAAUAAAGGUAGUUCUAUAUCGUUGCGAGCACAAGAUUCUCUGCUAUCGAAGGCUCCCAGCUCCGCGCAGUCGGAAGCGUCGCUCGCCGACGGCGAAGCUGAGCAGCAAGAUGGUGCAGAGGCGACGGAUCAUAAUCAGUCCGAGGAGGCGCCGGCGACACCUAGUCCACCGCUGAGUCCAGCCACGUCGGAAAUCUCGGAACCUCAGUCGACACUAGUGAAUCAAACGCAAGAGGCGACGUGGCGGGACGUAAUAAACAUUUGUGUCUCGGGCGUCUCGGGCGGGGAAUGAAACGUCGCUGUUUUCAUGUGCCGCUACGCACGGAUUAGACUCCGAACUGACUUUGAUGCCGUUCUUAACCGCAGCGGCAGACGAAUCACAUAACGACUGCAUAUUUGUACAUCCUUUGUUGUUAUCGCUCGCGGCUUGUCGCGAGCGCCCAAGUUGAUCGGUGAUACGCGCCACGGAAUAGGGAAGUAGGGCGGUGCGAGAAUGCUCCCGCGCGUUUGAGAAAAAUUGGACGUGGCGCGAUAGUGUAACAGAGGAAUUCGCUGAACGCGACGUUACGAUAUAACAAACACGAUGCUCUGUAUAGUGUAUAAAAUCACUUAAGCUUAAUUUUUUAUGGUACAAAUGCUACACAGACAUGCUACGUAUUAGACGUUUUCGCCAAGGAUAGUAGGUAGCUGCGCCAUUAUUUGCUCAGAAUGCGAUUCUCCGCGCCCUUCUACAAUCGAGCACCGGGAAAAGAAAUGACGUAUUUCGAGAGAAGUGCUUUGGAGACACGACAAAACCUUGGGGUAAAGUCGCAAUUUAAUAUCAUGAUUAUAUAUUCUUUAUAUGAAAAUUGUAUUAUUCACCCUUUGUGGAGAACAUAGAUAUUCGUUUUAAUCUUGUGUAUAAUUAGAAUAUGUAAAGAUUUUAAAAAAAUAUAUAUAGCUAUCGGAGUAUUUCGCGAUCGACAAAAAACGAAUGCCUAUCCUCGUUAUAAGCGCGAGGCCUUCCACAAUUUUUUCUGAAUAUAUUGUAUGUCACCGAUCUUAUUAAAUAUCUUUGACAUCUUACGUACUCUUUUGUAAAAAAAAUCUACUUUUUUUUUCUUUUAUUAAUUUUUAUCGGAAACAUGCUUUAGAGAUACCUGUAAUCUUUAUUACUGAUCAUGCAUAAUAAGUAGAUUCAUUUUAACACCAUUCUACACGCGAGUAGACACGCGGUGCUUUUAAGUUUUCAGACACAAUUUCCAUUGAUUAUGUAGAAGGGACAUUGAGUAUAUCAAGGUAUACUGUUAACGAGUAUUGUUAAAGCACAGAUACAAAUUAUUUCGGAUUAUAUCUAUGACACGUGAAA